AUGUCCACUGCAGCUGAAACCUCUUUUGCCGAACUUAAGGCAAUCACUAGGCAGAUUGUUGACAUUGUCCACGCGGCUUGGCUCCUCCCACCCGGCAACAGCCACUUGGCUCUGAAAGCACAAGUCACUGAACUGGUGGCUAAGGCCGUCUGGGACCAUGAGGCUUCACCUUGCAUUCCAGGCAUAGUCUUGUCCUGCUCCAAGGAGUUACUUCGCAUUCGGCAGUUGUCCCCCCAGGAUUCGCCCAACUGGCACAGCAUCGGCCAUAAUGAUCUUCGCCUCCAGAGGCACAGCUGGCGCCACAAGGUCUCCGCAUGGGAGGCUUUAGGCGACCAGACAUUCGAUCUUCCGGUCGAUGCCCCCAAAUCCCCUGACACUGUCGCGGUCGACCUUCCCUCCCCACCUGCCGGCCCAUCGUCCGGCACUAUCGACGAGUCCCGGGAGAAGUGUAAGGAUAAGGGUAAGGGUAAGGCGUUAGAUGCUGACCCGGAGCCUGAGGCAGAUGGGAGUAGGAAGAGGAAAUCGCCCCUGAUUUCGGGACCCUCCUCCCAACUGCCAAAAUCCGCAAUGAAGAGUCACAAGAGGGCAAAGUCAGCUCGGGUUGUGAAGUCAGCCGAGUUUGUGGAGUCCGAGGAUGAACCUGUGGACAAGCCGGCUGCCCAAGGAGGGCCGGUCGUCUUAGUUCAUCGUCUCACCUCAGUCUUGCCCUGGAUCCCCAAGAAGAGACCUUUUGGCCCUGUGAAGGUAAUUGCCGGAAGGUGUGUGGACAUCGCCGGGCAGACCGACUCAACGUCCAACACCCCCGUGGUCACCCUGGUGGUGGCACCAACUGUCAUCGAUGGCCCUGCUGGAAGCCCUCCGGAGGUCGUUGAGCACUCGGACUCAGCAUCCAAUACCCCCGUGGUCACCCCGGACGUGGCGCCAACUGUCAUCGAUACAGAUGACAUUCUCAUUCCCAGACCAAACAACCCAUGCUGGGCUUGCAACAAUGCAGAGUUGCCCUGCAUGACCCGGUUUGACAAGAGGACUGGGAAAGGCCUUCUCUCCUGUGUUUUCUGCAACACAAAGAAGGUAAAGUGUUUUUCCGUCACCCUCGGAAGUCCACCGAAACGGUCGCGGGGUAAGUCGACCACCUGGAAGGCCAGGUCCUGGACACCUUCCAAAGCUCCGUUCACCUCCCAACCAAAGGCCCGGACCUGCAGCCAAUCUUGUGGUGUAGCCAGAGCUACUGGCGCCAGUGCUGCUGGAACUGCCAGUGGGUCUGUUGUGACCACGCCUAAGACGCGCGGUCACAGCAAGACAAUAACUGCUGUCAAGGCACCCGCCCCACCACCUACACCCUCACCUGCACCAGCUCAUAAGUCUUUUGAAUUUCUCAUCAUCAUCUUAUCUUAUUCCUUUGUAGCAAUUGUGUCUUCGAGUGCCCGCAUGCCUCGUGCGGCUCUCAACGUCCCUAUGCCAGACCUCCAUUCCAUGGCAAGAAGUAUUCGCAAUAGUGCCGAACGCAUCAAGGCUCUCGAGGAUCUUGUUGCCGAGCAGGGCAGCCUGGAGCCCACACCCUCGAAAAUUGAGGAUCACUCUGCCAUCAAGGGUCUUUCAUUUGAGCCGAGCCAAGUUCAACCAGCCCUGGACCCAUCACCUACUCCCUCAACUGCCAGAGCAAUUUUGGUGCCAGAUGAUCCACGCAACCUUGUCCUGGAAUACAAUUCUGGUGAUGAGAUGGAUGUUGAGGUGAAGGUUGAAGUUGAAGGUGGUGAUGAGGGUCAUCUGGUCAAGGUUGAAGGUGAAGGUGAUGAUGAGGGUCAUCUGGGCAAGGUUGAAAUGUCUACAUAA